UGCCAGGCAGGACGCAGACCUAACACAGAGCAAAGUCAGCAGGACUUGGGGACAGACACAGGCCAGCCAAGCAAGUGUGGGUUGGUUGGCAGCUUGAAGCCUGUGCCUGGCUAGCUGGGUGGGAAGUCCCAAGUGCCCACAGACCCGACCCAGAAUGGAUGCCGUGGAUGCCACUGUGGAGAGGCUGCGGGCACAGUGCCUGUCCCGAGGGGUCUCAGGCAUCCGGAGCUUGGCCAGGUUUUUCCGUCGCCUGGACCAGGAUGGGAGCCGAGUGCUGGAUGCCAGGGAGCUCCGGCGGGGCCUGGCAGAAUUGGGGAUGUUGCUGGAUGAGGCCGAAGCAGAGGGUGUGUGCAAGCGCUGGGACCGCGAUGGCAGCGGGACACUGGACCUGGAGGAGUUUCUGCGGGCCCUGAGGCCCCCCAUGUCCCAGGCCCGGGAGGCAGUCAUUGUGGCUGCCUUUGCCAAGCUGGACCGCAGCGGGGAUGGCGUGGUGACUGUGGACGACCUCCGUGGAGUGUACAGUGGUCGUGCCCACCCCAAGGUGCAAAGUGGGGAGUGGCGGGAGGAUGAUGUGCUCCGCUGCUUCCUGGACACCUUCGACUCCUCCGAGAAGGACGGGCAGGUCACGCUGGCAGAAUUCCAGGACUACUACAGUGGCCUCAGCGCCUCCGUGGACACAGAUGAAGAGUUUGUGGCCAUGAUGACCAGUGCGUGGCAGCUGUGAGCAGACUGCCCUCGCUCAGCUGGUGCCCAGAGCCGAGGACCCCUCCCACCUGCCUGAGCCGGCCCCUCCCCAGACAGCCCCAGCAGGGACACGAGUGGGAUUUGAGUGGGAGUGGAAUCCGUGAGAACUGAGCCUGAGGAAUUGGUGAGACCAGGCCUCCUGCUGGGCCACCAGGCAGACGUGGGACAAAAGUUCCAAAGGUCACUGGCUCUGGACCCCAGGGAAAGCAGCCCUUAGGCCGCUUGUUGACCAAGGCCCCAGUCACUGCAGGUACCCUCACUCCCUCCCCCGUGGAUCCCGUAGAGAGCCAGGUGACCCCUGAGGGGGAAGCAAACAGCAGGUCCGAGUGGAGGCUCCACAUGGAGGCCAGUCUUGGGAGGCGGUUUGGACUCCUGCCCAGGUGUGGAGUGCGAGGCAGGGCGGCAGGGGUGCUCGGGCAGCCAGGCUACUUGGGCACCUCUCCCUGUGAGGCGUAAGCUGUUCCUGGCUGGGCUGUCUGGCUUCCUGAGGCCCCUGGGGCAUGCAGGAGGCUGGGGUUUUAGUUAAAAGUUUUAAUGUAGUUCCCAAAUACAUUUCAUAUGACAAUCUUACAUAAAUGUUCCAAAACACA